CAACUACUCGACCGACUGACGAGUGUACAGCCCGCACACCGAUCCGUGGUCCGGGCUUGCAGUGAACCUAACUCCGUUCGAACUGGAAAUCGCGCCGAUAAGGAGCUACACUGGCCCGUGACGAGCGAGCGAGCUACCGAUCUGCCGCGCUACCGACCCCCGCCGGCGCCAUGGACCCAGAGCCGGCAAAGAAGAAGCGCAGGCGCAUCCACCUCAACUGCGAGGAGUGCCGGCGGACCAAGUCGAAGUGUAAUCGGUCGUGGCCAUGCAGCGAGUGUGUCAAGAAGGGCCUUGCGCACAUCUGCCCGAACCAUGUGUCGAAGGUCUCGCAGCCGAAAUCACAAACCAUCGCCGAGCUGCAAGCGCGCGUAAAGCAGCUGGAAGCCGUCAUCGCGCGGCACGGCCUCGAGGCCGACUCGAUCGCGUCCGAUGGCGACGACGAGCAGCCCAUAACGGGGCGGAACAACACGCUGCCCGGGCCCGGCGCGCCGCAGUCAGCGGUCGACAUGGCCGCGAUGCUGGGCCACCUCACCCUCGGCAACGGGGGGAGUAGUAGCAAGCGCUUUGCCGGCAUGGGCACGACGGCGUUCUUCCUCGCGUCGCCGGGCGAGAGCGAGGGCACGAGCGACGACGAGGAAGACGAGGGCGUGCGCCGUGAGGCGAUGCGCGAGGAGCUCGCGCCGCCCUGGGGCCGGAGUCGCGGGGUUAGCUUGACCGGCAGGGGGCAUCUACCGGGGGUAUUGUUGGACAGGUGUCGCGCGAUGCUGCCGUCUAGGCGGGCGGCCAAGGAGAUGUUUGACCGGUUCUUCGAGGCGACGAGCUGGCGGAUCCAGCCCAUGACGCCGGCCUUCUUCGACACUGUCCUCUCAAGCGUGUACGACUCGCCCGAAGGCGCGCACGCGCACGACCUCGCCGUGCUCUUCGCGAUGCAGGCGAUGGCGAUGCUCUUCGACGCGACAGCAGGGACGCAGUCGGCCUUCCAAAGCGUCGAUUACCACCAGACAGCGUACAGCUGCCUCGUCGCAGGCAACUUCUACACCGAGACCACGCUGAGCAGCCUCGUGUCCCUGCACCUCCUGGGCUCGUUCUUGAUCAACUCGGACGACAAGCGCCUCCCGGACGGCAUCUUCGCCAUCGUCGGCCUCGGCGUGCGCCUCGCGACUAUUGCUGGCUACCACCGCGAGCCGGCGCCGGGGAGUAUGGGCCAGGACGAGCUCGACUGGCGCAGGAGGGUGUGGCAUGAGCUGCUAGCGCUCGAGCGCGUCCAUUGCCUCACCGCGCUCCUCCCCGGCUCGAUCGCACCCCGGCACUACGACACCGCGUUCCCCUCCGACGCCCACAAAGAAGGCUACUUCUUCACCAAGUGGAAGCUCGGGCUGCACAUGCAGCGCGUGUUCGACUACUGGUCGACCAUCGAGAUCGCCGACUAUCAAGAGGUGCAGGACAUUGACGCGGGGCUGAGGAGGUUCCUGCACGACCUGCCGCCGCAUCUACGGUGUGCAAGCUUCCCAGCCGAGUCGUUCCCGCUCGCGCGGCCCGGCGCGCCAGCCGUCGUCGUCUCUCCUGCGCCCGUGGCGACGGUGGCGACGAGCACGUCGGACUACACGAGCACUAUCACGCCCGAGCGCCUCGCGCACCAGCAGUACCGGAUGGCGACGCACAUCUGCAUGGUGUUUUUCUACCUCCACAGACCGUGCUUCAUGCGCGCGCUCAGCAUCGGCGGCCACAUCGGCGAGCUGAGCGUGCGCACCGUCGUGGAGGUAUGCGAGCGCAUGCUCGAGCUCGUGCGGGGUAUCCUGUCUUCCGACCACUCGAUGUCGCGGUGGUUUUCCUUCGCGGCAGACCUCUUCUCUGUCCUGCUGUGCCAGACACUCCUGGUCGUCAAGACGACCGACGCCGCGCUCGCGCAGGCACGGUUCGGCGUGCUGGCGCAAGGCCUCGCCGUGCUCGAGUGGACGGCGACCGCGUCGCCGAACAGCAAGAACCGCGCACUGGUGGGCCGCACGCGCCGGCUCGUCGCCAAGGCGAAGGAAAGCCUCGCGCGCUUCCCCAGCAUCAAUGCGGAGACUACAGCGGCGGGCAUCACGCCGGCCGUCAAGACCGAGGUUAUCGACGUCGACCUGCUCGAGCUGCAGGCGCCGCCACUGCUGUACCCCUCCCUCCCGCACCCCGCCCUCCCUGUCCCCGACCACUCGCCGUCGGACGCGUCCUCUGGCGCCGCAGCUGCGCCCUUUACGGCCUUCGAGCUCCCCGAGGGGUCGCUCGGCUUCUCGAUGCCGACGACCAACGACGCGCAGUUUGACAUGUGGCUCGCCAUGCUGUUCCCCAGUGGCGGCGGCGGCGAGGCGCAUCCCGCCGUCGUGCCGAACGGUCAAGCCAGCGACGACCUGUUCCUCGACCCCGCUGUGCCGAACGGUGAGCAGGCUGAGGAGCUGUUCCUCGACCCCACAGCGUGGCAGGCCUGAGUGUGGCCUUGCGGUGUCGGCGUCGCGGCAUGUAGACUUUGCUCUGUUACCGACGCGUUUGCGGCUACGCUACGGCUCUGUCCGAUCGUCGUCUCGGUCUUUGCCGGCGGCUGCGGCGUGCGGGCGGGCGUGUUUUUUUCAACGUUUGCCCAUCCAUCCCACCACCACAGCGGGCGGUGGUGUGUAUGUACUUGUACUCUCAAUGCAUGUAUCGAGUGAUGCUGG